AUGGGAUUAUCAAUUUCGUGCCCCUUUGCUACCUGUACAGAUUUGGAAACCUCCAUCAGCUGUUUAGAAGAUGAAGAAGGUAAAAUUUUGGUCAAAUCAAUCAGUUUCAAGAGCCAAGAUUCCGAAUCAAUCAUAACGAAAUCCAUAAUCCCUCAAAAAAUGACCCUCAAAAUCCCUUCACAAGAAGAAAACGGAUUAUUCAAUUCCAAAAAGAAGGAAAGUACAAUGCAAUUAUCUAGCCCUAAUCAUGAAGCUGCUACGAAGUUGCAAAAAGUGUACAAAAGCUUUCGAACAAGAAGAAAGUUGGCAGAUUGCGCAGUUUUAAUUGAACAAAACUGGUGGAAAGUUCUAGAUUUUGCAGAACUCAAAAGGAGUUCGAUAUCAUUUUUUGAUAUCGACAAACAUGAAACAGCCACAUCACGUUGGGCCAGAGCAAGAACACGAGCUGCUAAGGUUGGAAAAGGAUUAUCACAAAAUUCAAAAGCGCAGAAGCUUGCUUUGCAGCAUUGGCUCGAAGCUAUUGAUCCAAGGCAUCGUUAUGGUCACAAUCUUCACUUUUAUUACUUAAAAUGGUUUCAGUCUCAAAGCAAAGAACCCUUCUUUUAUUGGUUGGAUAUAGGAGAAGGUAAAGAAAUAAAUCUUGUUGAAAAGUGUCCAAGAUCAAAGCUUCAACAACAAUGCAUCAAAUAUCUUGGCCCGAUGGAGAGGAAGGCGUAUGAAGUAAUGAUAGAAAGUGGGAAGCUUUUUUACAAACAAACUGGCGAAUUCAUUGAUACUACAGGAGAAACAAAAGGUGCUAAAUGGAUCUUUGUUUUAAGCACAAACAAGAUUUUAUAUGUUGGGAUAAAAAAGAAAGGUUCUUUUCAACAUUCAAGUUUUCUUUCUGGGGGUGCCACGUUGGCUGCAGGGAGGAUUGUGGCUGAGAAAGGUGUCCUUAAGGCGGUUUGGCCUCAUAGUGGUCAUUAUCAUCCUACCAAAGAAAAUUUUCAAGAUUUCAUUUCGUUUCUCCAUGAAAAUGACGUGGAUACUUCUCAUGUAAAGAUGGAUUCCAUUGAUGAUGAUGAUAAAGAAUACCUUGGAAAACAAAGUAGCAUUGCUCACGUAGCAACUCACUCAUCCGAAGAUGAAGAUCAUACUUUUGAAAAAACCAUUGAAGAUCAAGAUAUGCCAUUGGUAUCAACAAAAAAGGCAAAGUUUAUCGGUGGUUUUACUUUAAGUGCUCUUGAAAUACCAAACAACAACGAUUUGUAUGCGAAGUUAAAGACCGAAAAUCGAUCAUUCAAAGAAUCAAAAUCCGUGUUAGAUGGUUACUCGGAUGAUGAACAUGAGCAAGAAAUGGAAGAAUCCAUCAUUCAAAGAAUCAAUUCACAUAAAGAAACAAAAUCAUUUCAAUUAGGAAGACAACUUUCGUGCAAAUGGAGCACAGGAGUUGGACCUCGAAUUGGUUGUUUGAGGGAUUACCCUUCAAAGUUACAAUCACAUGCUUUAGAACAAGCAAAUUUGUCUCCAAAAAGUUUGAGGUCGUUUGACCGAAGAAAUAGAACACAAUCAUCACCGUUGACUUUUAAAACAUAUUAGUUGACUUUAUAGUUUCUAGAGUUGUUUGA